UUAAACUUCUAAUCAAAUAUAAUUGACAUAAUUUUACAUUCGCUUUUUUAAAUUCAAUUUGUAUUUUGUAUACUUUCAUAAUAUACUUGUACCUAUCAUCUUAGGUAUUGUGUCAUUAUUUUAAUUUUAUUUAUGUUGUGUAAUUGCAGCUGUUGUCUGUCAUUCUUAAUGCGUUGUUUAACAUUGUCAAAAUAAAAAGUCGAGUUAUUCCUGUAUGAUAUAUUGUUAUUUAAGAUUUAAGAAGGUUCGCCAUUGACUGAAAAUGAAUCAAAACGGUUUUAGUACUGGUGAAGAAGAUUCUCGUGGCCCAAAUGACAAAUUGUGUUGUUUACAAGAAGAAGGAUUUAGAUGCCAACGACAGGCAGGAAAUGCCUCGUAUAGUAAAAAAAUACGAAAUACAGUUCGGCAGCUCAAAUUACAUUUAGAUGCAGUUGCUAGACAUAUCUACAUUUGUGACUAUCACAAAAACAUGAUUCAGAGUGCUAGAUCAUUAAAACCUUCAAACCAAGAUGAAGUACCUGAAGUUGACUUUUCUCAAUUACAAAUGAACACAUUAAGACGUUAUAAAAAGCAUUUUAAAGUAGUGACGAAACCAAGUCUCAACAAAGCUCAAAUGGCAGAGACUCUUUUAAACCAUUUCAAAACGAUAUCAGUUAACGAGAAGGAAGCACUAACAUUUUUUAUUUAUACAAUUAAAACAAAUGGAAAUAAAUUGGAUCAAAAAACUACUAGCAACAAUUUGGAUAAUGUAUAACUAGAUGUACUAUAAUUUAAGAUGACUUUAAUUUUUUUUUACACAUAAUUAUUUAUUUAUGAAAGUUUAAGUAUUUAAAUUAUAAAAGCUUAAAUAAGUUUUGUAAAUUUGUAAAUUAAUUAUGUACUUUAAAUUAUUAAUAUUAUUUGUAAUACAUUGUAACAUUAUGACAAUUUACGACAAAGACAGCCCUUUACAAAAUCAUGUUUUUUAUGUAAGAGGAAUUAAGUAGUUAAAAAU